AUAAGUCCGGUUUGGCAAAUUUUCAGCCUGACUCUAAACACCUUAGCGUGUGUCAUUCUGGUCGUGUUGCUCCUCUUCCUACUGCUCGGCCGACUACGCCAAGUCCUGAGGCGAGCCCCACGUUUGCCUUUCACUCAGCCCGGAUGCCACCCUUGGGACAUAUCGUAUAGCAAAGCCACCUGGGGUGGCCAGUCCCCACCACCUUCGCCUCAUCUUGCGCAAACAUCAAUCCUAUCUUCACCCCAGCGGCCUGGACUUGUCAAAGGUAGCAAAAUCUCCGAGAUGCAACAUCUCCCUUCUUCAGCAGAGGACGGGUUUAUCCGGAUCACCUGGGCCUCUGGGGACGGACCUCACACACAUCCGACUCCGGUAUCGGAGACGUCAAUUCAACCAUCUUGCAAGUCAGAAGAGGAGCUUGGAGUCGUGAACAACUGUGGGCCGCUCUCUAUCACAUACCGUAUACGCCGGAGACGUAUGGAGGACCGUCUAUCCGUUUGUCUUUCUGCUCUCUGGCUGCUUCCGUCUCUAUUCGGACUAGCCAGAGAUGUGUUUGGGUAUGUCUACCGACCAGCCACGGAGCCUCAAUUAACUCACUUUAUGAUAAUCAAUCUAAUAUACGAACUGAUCGACAUACUCUGCUCUGGCCUCAGAACUACCACUUGUUUGGUAAUAGGAGUAUAUAUUCGGCGAGUCCUCGUCAACAUGGUACGUACUUAG